CUUCGCCUUCAGUUUGAAUUGUGUCCUCGUUAAGAAAGGAUAUUCGUUACAUUGUUGUUAAGUUGUUAUUAUAAUUUCUCAAACAAACCAACCAACCAACCAAAGCAAUCCAAAGGCAAACCGAAAGCCAACUGCUCGCUAAAGAGAAUUCAAAAUAAAAACCGAAUUAAGCAAAAAAAAAAAACCAAGGGAAUCCACUUGCCACGAGUGCUAGGGAUUCUGCCUGGGAACAUAAUUCAAAAACCAAAUGAACUUUUUGAAUACAAAUUUCAUUGGUCUGUGAUAAGUGAUGGUCAAGAAGCUAAGAGGAAAUUUUGUAUGUAAAGCUUAAAAACUAAAACCAACCACAAACAACACGAAGCGGAACAAACGUCAAGGAAAACCACAAAAAAGGCAGCAUUUUCCAAAUUAGCAAAAUUGUAGAAAUUAUUUAAUGCAUCAAAACGUUUGACCAAACAACAAGCAGCAGCACCACCAGGAGCAGCAACAGCAACAACAGUGCGGUUUCACACAAAAGGCGGCCAUUAAAAAACCAAAAAACCUAGCCAAAUUAUAACACAAAUUUAUUUAUAUCAUCAACUGCAAGGCGGCAGGCACUUCAUUAAGCAUCAAAGCGAGCUGCGUGCAACCGCAAAACGUGCAAAUUCCACACCGCAACAGUAGCAGCAGCAGCACCACCACUUAACCAUUACCCCACUGCAUCACCAGCCGUAAAAUGUUGGCCAUGCCCACGCUGAUGAUGCCAGCCACCGCCCAGAUGACGCUCAGCGCCGCCCAUGGAAAGCCCUACGAGACAAAGCUGCUGGCCAUCCACCAGACGCACCUGCAGCAGCAACAGCAGCAGCAGACAGGCCCCCGCCCCCCGCAGCAGCAGCAGCAGCCGCAGCAGCAGGUGCCGCAGCAGGCCGGCAAUGGCAAGCAGCAGCAGCAGCAGCAGAUGACCAUUGUCACCACGCAGCAGCAGCAGCAUCCGCAGUCGCAGUCGCCGCAUCAGCAUCAGCAUCAGCAGCAGUCGCAGCAACAGGCCGCCGCAGCAGCCGCCGCUGCAGCCGCAGCAGCUCACCACCAGCAGCAGCAGGCGGUGGCCGCCGCCGUCUGUGCCGCCCAACAACAAGCGGUGGUGGUGCAGCAGCAGCAGCAGCAGCAGUACCAGAUCCACUCGCAGCAGCAGUCGCCGCAGCAGCAGGUGCUCUGCAUCUCGCCCAAGCAGGAACAAUUCCACAUCUUUGUCGGCGACUUGAGCUCAGAAAUUGAAACUCAGCAAUUGCGCGAAGCAUUCACACCAUUCGGCGAAAUCUCCGACUGUCGCGUGGUGCGCGAUCCACAAACCUUGAAGUCGAAGGGCUAUGGGUUUGUGUCCUUCAUCAAGAAAUCGGAAGCCGAGAGCGCCAUUACGGCCAUGAAUGGCCAGUGGCUUGGCUCCCGUUCAAUUCGCACGAAUUGGGCCACACGGAAACCGCCGGCGAGUAAAGAGAACAUCAAGCCGUUGACCUUCGACGAGGUCUACAAUCAAAGCAGUCCCUCCAAUUGCACCGUUUACGUGGGCGGCGUCAACAGCGCCCUCACCGCCCUCAGCGAGGAGGUCCUGCAGAAGACGUUCGCCCCCUUCGGCGCGAUACAGGAGAUCCGUGUCUUCAAGGACAAGGGAUACGCCUUCGUGCGCUUCUCCACCAAGGAGGCGGCCACCCACGCCAUUGUGGGCGUGCACAACACCGAGAUCAACGCGCAGCCCGUGAAGUGCUCGUGGGGCAAGGAGAGUGGUGACCCCAACAACGCGCAGACCAUCGCCACCCAGGCGCUGAACAGUGCCGCCGCCGCUGCCGCCGGUUUCCCUUAUGGAGUGGGUGCGGCUGCCGCCGCCGCCGCCUACGGACAGCAGCUGGCCGCCACGGGCUGCUGGUACUCGCCCACGCCUACCUAUCCAGCCUCCUCGGCCACCGCUGCGGCGGUAACUCCGGCGGCGGCCAGUGCAGCCGCCGUGCAGAACCAGUUCCUGCAGGGCAUCCAGGGCUACCACUUCGGCCAGUACGGCGGCUAUCAGCAGGGAUACAUGGGGAUGGGAGUGCAGAUUCCGGCCACCUGGCAAGGCGUCACUCAGGCGCAGAUCUCACCUGCCCAGCAGCUGGCAACGGGCGUGGCCGGCACCGCCAUUCCGCAGGCCGCCGGCGUGGUGGCCUAUCCGAUUCAGCAGUUCCAAGUGAGCCCACAGGUUUAUCCUUUACUCUUGCAGGCACAGUAAACGCAAAAAGCCAAAAACCAGAAAAUCCAAAACCAAAAUUUUUAAGUACAGCUGCAAUUUUCUGAACAGAAACAAAACCAAACUGAGCUGUAAAUAAAAUGCGAAGCGCAGAACACACAAAUUGCAAACAAAUUGAUGGCAACUUGAAGUUUGGCGAUUUUAGCGAGCCGCACCCCAGAAACAAGAGCAAGCGCUAGCGAAUGCAAAAUCCAAAAUCCCACACCCACAUAAAUAUAUAUCUAUAUAUAUAUAUACAUAUAUAUAUAUAUGAUUAACUAGAGCAUAAAUAUCUGUCAACGCCCGUUAAGUAAGCAUCAUCGGUGGAAGCAAACAAUUAUUAUGUAUAUGCAAAAAGCAAGGAAAGCAAACGUAUUUUUAACCCUAGUUGCUUACACCACACUCACACACCCACACACACAAAACUCACACACCAUAUAUUUUAAUGCUUUAUGUAAAUGUGUUGAAGCACGCGGCGUAUAAAAAUAAUAAUGACAAUUAUUAAUUAAAGAAGGCAACAGCAACAGGAGAGCGUGAAUAAAAAAAGGGGAAUAUAAAUUGGACUAGGGAAAACGUAAAUCGAGUGGGUUGUAGCAGCCUAAAUCAAACACAGUCGCGGCAUUAAAUUAAAAUAAACAUAAUUAAAAAUGCGUUAAAAUUAAUUAAGCGCACACGGACAGGCACACAUGUGUGCAAGUAAAUACAUGUGUAUGUAUGUGUGUGUGUGUGUGUGUGUGUGUGUGCAAACUGCCCUUAACCCCACACAAAAUCAUCCUUUUCACAGCAGGACCCGCAUCACUUUGUAUUGCCAACUUUUGUGCGCGGUUUGGUUUUAGCUCGGCACACACACACACACACACAUACACACCUUCCAACAGUACUUUCACUGGGCAAGUGAAAGUAGAUUUUAAACGUAUUUUUUAAUUAAUUUAACAUUUACUCUUUUCAAAGUUGUGUGUAAAAGUUAAAUGGUUUAAAAAAAUAUGUAAAAUCUACUUUCACGCACCCAAACACACACUUAGCACUAGUGCCUAUAACUAUGAUAGAUGAUACUGCUUAGAAACAACUGCCAGUUAUCGGGCCAAGUGCAGUUAAUUGGCCAACUAGCUCGUCAUGUCCUGCUAUCAUCAUUUCCUAUAUAGAAUGCAACUGAAAGUUCACGCGCUCACACCGAUUUGUGAUCGAUCAGCAAUCGAAAGACAGGUUCCUACACACGCACACUCACACGGUCUUCUCACCAGCACUCGCAAUUCGAAGUAUCUGAACAUAUAGUAAUCGUAUCGUAUAAAAGUCCAGGAAAAUCCAGCCAGCCAACUAGCCAGCCCAUUGUUUGCCUGAAAUCCGAAUAUUCUUGUUUCAUUAAGACCUAAGUUUCACGCUUUACUUUCAACAAGCGCUUCACGAGAGCCAUAUGUACAAAGCAGCCGCAAAAAUGUUUCAAACUCCCUCCAAACAACUUAUUCUAAAAAAAAACAAAACACGCCAGUAUUAACCCAUGUUUGUACUUGUUACGUUUAUGGUUUUAUUUCAGUUGCCAGAAGAGGAAUGGUUAGCUGCAAAUUUGUUGUGUUAGUUCUCUGUUGUUUAGGCCAAACGAAAGCGAUAAGGAAACCCAAACCAAACCAAACCAAACCAAACCAAAUCAAUAUGAAACCGAACCGAUAACAAAACAGAAUAGCCAAGUAGCUACAAAUAUAUAUAUGGUAUGAAUACCAGCAAUAUAUAAAAAGCGAAAGACAGAGACACAUAGAGAGAGAGAGCAGGAGAACACAAGUAAAAUAUAUUGAAAACAAUCAAAGUAUGCCAUCGAAUGAUAUUAAUUGAUAUUAGCUAAUCGAGCAUAGCCGUAAUAAAGUAGAUAUUAUCGCCUAAUCAUAUAAGCCAAUAAAAACACUUGCAGCCCAAAAAGACAGUCACUCACAGGACACGAUACCCAAAAGGCAAGCAUUAAUCAACUUAUAGACAACACCAAAAAUACUCACUCACACACUCACUCACUGAAAAGCAUACAAUAGGCAAAUGGUACAUACAACUAAAAGUGUAGAGAAUAUAAAUGUAAAGUGGUAAGGCCUAGACUUAUAGUUGGUUGAUAGGUAUAGAGUAUACAGCAUAUGCAUUAAACCAACAUGCUUAUAUAACAUAUAGCAGAUAUAGAGACACACACACACACAACCCACUCACACACAUGGUGUUUACAAAUAGAGGAGAAAAACUAAAUGCGAGCAACGUAUGCUAAACGAUAUUUAUUGUAUAUUGUGUUGUAUGCGUUGGAUGAUAAAU